AGUGACAGAGACAUUGGCAUUGCUGUCAUAAGGAUGGGCAAAGCAUACCCCGAAGAGGCGCGCAGCCAAGUCAAGCAGCUACUGCAGCAAGGCGUCGCCGAAGAUGAGAUAGAGAAGCAGACGGGCGUGUCCGACAGGACCAUACGCCGCUGGAAGGCAAGUCGUCGACGCUCGUGA